AUGAACCAAGACGUCAUAGUAAUUAAAUAUGACUACAUGAUCAAGAUAUACACCGUUGGCUUUGUCUUUCUUAGGCAGAAGCACUUCUACGACAGAAUCACAGACAUAUCAAUGGAUGGGGAGAUGCUGGUGGUGCUAUUGGGCAAUAAGAUCAUACAAUGCAGCCUGCAAUUUGAGUCAAUUGCUCUUAGGGAGCUGAAUGAGCCUUUUUUCAGUAUCGAAUGCUAUGAUGGUUUAUGCAUUGUGACAAACAAAAAGACAGUUGCACAUUUCAAGCUACGAAAGAAGCAGAUCGCAGUCAACACCAUCACAGGUGACAUAAUCAAGCAAGUACGGUUCUAUCCAUCAACAAUAUUGAUGUGCAAGAAUACGAGACUCCAGCUACUCAAUAUUGAUGGGAAAAUGACACUUUUGGAGGAAUAUGAGCUGCUAGCAGUUCCAAUAUUGAUUGAAUCACUUGAUAAAUGCAUUGUAGUCAUUUACAGGCAUGGUCUGGAAGUGAUCUAUAAAAGCAAUAGGUUUCUAUACAGGCUAUGCAACUUGUUUUACAAUGAUGCCAGAUUUGAAAGCAAAACUGAACCAGAUUGUUGUUCUAGUGGAAAGAAGAAGAGGAUUGAAGUGAAACUGCUUGGUGAAAACAGCACCAAGAAAGAUAUCACUCAUUAUACGGCAGAAUUCUCAGAAUUCAAGGUGAUUUUUGAGAGUAUCAAGUGUGUUCAAACUGCUGAUGAAAUACUACUGAUUAAUGGAAAUGGAGACACGUACAGACUAAUCAUUGAUAUAGACGUGAAUAUAAUCAGAAAUGUGGAGUUGAAAUUCAUUGAAAAGAGACCUGAGCCAACAGCAGUAGCAUACUGUAAGACAGGAUAUGUCAUUGCCUGUAAAAAGGAUUAUCUCGUAGGAGUAUCAAAUGGAGUAAGAAGUGAGCUACGGCACCUGGGCAACCUGCAUACGAUUGAAAUCAGACCAAAUCGACUGAUCUACUACACGGAAGAUGUUGGAUUAGUUCAUGAGAAAUCUAUAAAAUUAGACAAUCACAUACCGUAUCAUACUGAAUGUAGUGAUAUUAAGGAGGAUGAUGGUGAGUUGUACUAUUACAGUAGAAAUCAAUGGGUGCUAUACGAUGGCAAUCAGACAGAUAAGAAAUUCAGGGGAAAUGAAACCAAAUCAGGCAACUUGUUUGAUUCAGAAGGCGAAUACGAAAUUGAGGCAGAAAGCAACAGGAUAAAACUAUCAAAAAGUAACAGGGUGGUAUUCAUAAUUUGGAUAGAGGACAUGAAUAGUAUGAUCAAGACAGAUGAAAAGGCAGCAAGAAGUAGCAUUGAAAUAGAGCAGAUUCUGUUGAAGAAGUACAAGGAGACUCUGAACGUGUUUCUGGUGGUGGAUGGAUUCCUAUACAUUUAUAGGCUGAAUGGCGAAUACUUGGAGAAGCAGUUUGUGGAAGAGUUGAUCUACUUCCAGAAUACGAUCAAGACAGACCAAACAUACAUGUUCAAGUGCAACAGAUUCAUCUACACCAAGUCAAUUGUGCCAUACUUCAUCUUUGUGGAAAAUGAGAUAAUUUAUACAAAAUCAAGAAUGCCCUAUGAUAAAAUUAUUCAGGUUAAGGAAGAAGUGUUCUACACGGUGAGAAAUAGGCUUGGUGCAACUAAUGAGAAUAAGAUCCAAUACGAGAGACUCUGUGACAUGGAAGUGAAAACAGUACCAAAAUUCAGAUACAGGGGAAUAGAAGAAGCCAAUUCAUCUGAAGUAGCAAAGAAGAAGUUUGUAGGAGCCAAAUACAGUAGGCAGCUAAACCUGGUCAAUUGUGUUAUUGGAUUCAACUACAUUAUUGGAGUAGGAGUAGCACGAGAUUGCUAUAGAAACGUACCAGUUGUGCCAGUUGUACACAGACAAACAGAUGACAACAAGACGGUGACAGAACGAAUCAACCCGUACAUCGAGGACAACAGAACAGCAGUGAUGGGAAGCACACUUCGAUUCAGCCUGAUCCUGUACAACCAGAACAGACAAUUCAUUGAAUCCGUUCCACUUGACGAGAACGAGUAUGUGGUAGAUACGAAGAUCAUUCUGGAGCAUUUUGUACUGGUUGCGGUGACAUCUGUUGAGACGGAAGACCGUGUGGCCAAGAGUCGCCUGAUUCUGUACCAAAUUGUUUCGAUCGUAUCCAACAAGAAUGAGCCUGGUAAAAAUAUCAAACUCAAGUACAUUACGCAUGAAAUAACAAAAUAUGCCACACACAGCAUCGACAUCUUCUACAAGCAGAUUCACAAGGAGAAGCACACUUUGAAUGACAUUCUGGUUUGUGUAGGAGUAGGAACACGACUAAUGGUCUACGAGGUGAGUUACGACGAGUUUACGGCAGUAGGAAGAAUGGAGGUUGGAAUAUCGACGGUAUCAAUUCAGGUGCUUAGGAAUUUGGUACUGCUUGGAGACAUGUUCAAUGGAAUGCAACUGCACUUCAUGAGACCAGAUAACCCACUGAAACUGAGUGAGUUGGCUACAACAAACGCAAUCAGAGACAUCCAAUGCGUCUAUACGGUCGUAGACAACCACGAUGUGCUAUUUACGUGUGUUACCAAAAUGGGUGAAAUAUACGGAUUCAAGUACGAGCCAGAGGAGACAAACACGUUCAAAGGAACCAGACUGGUCAAGCAGUUUGCAAUUGACACCAAAAUAGGAGGAGUAGCACACACAGCCCAGAGGUGCAAUGAGAACUAUACCGUGAUCAAUAACACAAUAUUCAUGAUUAAGGAAGUAGGAAACUACGACAAAUUGUACGGUGUGAUAUGCGACGUAUUGGACAAUACGAUGGAGUUGAAUGCAGAAGACUGUAUGGAAAUGAACGAGUUACUGACGAAUGUGCCUGAAAUGGUCUAUCAGAAGAAUGUGCUCUUGGAGUACCAGAACAUGAGUCACCAGGACAGGGCGACUGUUGAAAGCAGGCUGCAGAUGAGCAGGGUGAAAAUAGUGGACAACUUGGCUGAUUUGAUGGAUGAGUAA